GACCGCCUCGGAACACGCAUGCUCCACCCCGCUCCCCGCCUCCUCGUCCACUCCAUUGGCUACGGCGUCGCGGCCCGUCAAAGUACGCGCGCCUCCGAUUGGCCGCUUCAGCGGGCCCCGCCCGCGAUAUGCAUUCAAGAUGGCGGCCAAAAGCGAUCUGAGGUGGCCGCGGGUGUUCCUGUGGAGGUUGUGGCAGAGUCGCGGGGUCGCGCCGAGCCCGGCCGGGGCCUGGGGUCCCGAGGCGCGGCCUUACUCCCUGGGCAGCGGCCCCUACUCGCGCACGGCGCUCUACGAACUGCUCGGCGUGCCCGCCACCGCCACGCAGGCGCAAAUCAAGGCGGCUUAUUACCGGCAGAGCUUCCUGUACCACCCGGACCGCAACGCGGGCAGCGCGGAGGCGGCCGAGCGCUUCACGCGCAUCUCGCAGGCCUACUUGGUGCUGGGCAGCGUCACCCUGCGCCGCAAGUACGACCGCGGCCUGCUCAGCGACGCGGACCUGCGCGGCGCCGGCGUCCGGCCCGCCCCGGCGCCCGCCGCCACCGCCGCCGCGGCCCGCGCGCCGCCGCCGCCCGACGCCCCGAGCCCCCGCGGGCAGCCAGCGCCGAGCGGCGGCCGCUCCAUGUUCGACUUCGACGCCUUCUACCAGGCGCACUACGGGGAGCAGCUGGAGCGCGAGCGGCGCCUGCGGGCCCGGCGGGAGGCCCUGCGCCGCCUGCGGGAGCAGCGGGCCCAGAAGGGCUUCGGCUGGGAGGACACCCGCGACGCCGCGGUCCUGUGCCUCCUGCUCUCCCUCUUCAUCCUGCUGGGCGUCCGCGUGUAGGGCCUCGCCCGGGGCCGGCGCCCGCCGCCUUCCAGCAUCUACCUCUCCCGGGGUCGGGACUCGGCGCUGCGCAGCCCCCCGCCCCUCCGCGUCCCCUGCCCCCGCCAAGAAGACCCCCGCGGAGGAAGAGGGCCCCGAAGACCCCGACGACGGGGUGGCUGCCGGAAGUCGCCGUCCUGACCGUGUGCCCUGCUGGACCGGUGGCCCCACGCCGGGCCCCCGCCUCCGUUUAGACUGCCGGGCCCCCGGGUGACCGCAGAACGUGCCAUGUGACCAGUUUGUGGGCUGCCAAAAAUAAUAAGAGUCAUGAAAACUGG